CUUCAAACAAUAUCUGAUCCUACAGACACACACCCCUUUACCAUUCCAAAUGCAACGACCAUGAACCUCAUCAGAUAAAAAUACCACGGACCCAGAGGCAGGCCGGGGGUAAUUUUUCUCCGGGGAGGAUUGGCACGUGACUGAUAAGUGAAAGUUGAUAAGCCGAAAUCGGCCUAGCGCGGGGUCCUUUUCCCACGCCUCCAAAAAGAAUUAAUUUUUAGACAGCAAGACUGACGAGCAGCUCUAACGCCCGUCGCUGUGCUCCUAAUCGCCAGUCGAACUACUAGUUCGAGGUGUGUCACAGUACAUAUCUCUUCCAAAGAGUUGGACUUCCCUUGAGUGUCAACUCCAAUUCUUCCUUUUCUUCUCCCCGCCCUCCAUCACCGUUGAGUCAUUCCUGACUUCAGAAUGACCGCCUCCGAUUCCACUUUUCUGGCCAUCCCCGGGUCUGUUGCCUUCUCUCGCUCCCGGGGACAUGCAAUCGCUGCCAGCAUUGGAGCUCAAGAUGUUCGGGCUCAAUGGGUUCAUUACGUUCAUGCUUCUCAACCGUUGGAUGAGCCGCAGCAGAACGUCUUGAAGCAACUCCUUCAAUAUGGUGAUAUCACCAAUAUCCCUCCCUCUUUCAGCGCCGAGGAUGGUGAAUUCGAUGUCUUCUACGUUUUUCCUCGGAUGGGCACGAUCUCCCCUUGGAGUUCCCAAGCGACCGGCAUCGCCCACGUCUGUGGUUUGCGCAAGUACGUCGACCGCAUUGAGCGAGGGUUGAAGAUCUCGUGUCUCCGCACUAGCUCCGCAGAAUACAAGUCCGGAUUUCAGGAUAUCCUACAUGAUCGAAUGACACAGGUCCUAAGCCAGGAAGAGCCGGAUCUACACCUGAUGUUUAGCGAACACAGCCCUCUCCCCCUGGAGACGAUCCCCCUUCACGGAAGUGAUAAGUCUCCAAAGGAGGUAUUGCAGGAAGCAAACAAGCGGUUAGGGUUGGCUCUGGAAGAGUCUGAAAUCGACUACAUUGCCGAAGCGUACGGUCCGAAUGGCCCUAUUGCGCGUGAUCCUACCGACGUGGAGCUUUUCAUGUUCGCACAAGUCAAUUCGGAACACUGCCGUCAUAAACAGUUCAACGCUUCCUGGGUUAUCGACGGAAAACAGAUGCCGAAUAGCCUCUUUGCGAUGAUCCGGAAUACGCAUAAGAAAAACCCAGAGUUUACCGUCAGUGCCUACAGUGACAAUGCCGCUGUGCUUGAAGGAGACACCGCCGCUUUUUGGGCCCCCGACUCGUUCACUGGAGAGUGGAACUAUACAAAGGAAGUUGUUCACUUCUUGGUCAAGGUCGAAACCCACAACCAUCCCACGGCUGUAUCCCCCUACCCGGGUGCCGCAACCGGUUCCGGUGGAGAGAUUCGUGACGAAGGUGCUGUUGGACGAGGCUCUAAACCCAAGGCUGGCCUGGCCGGAUACUGUGUCUCCGAUCUCUUGAUCCCUGGCUUGAGACAGCCAUGGGAACUGGAUGUUGGCAGACCCAACCACAUUGCUAGCAGUUUGGACAUCAUGCUAGAGGCUCCCAUUGGUAGCGCAGCAUUCAACAACGAGUUCGGACGCCCCUGUAUCUCCGGAUACUUCCGUACUCUUCUGACUGAGAUUGACAUUGGUAAUGGUCAGAAAGAGCUUCGAGGCUAUCAUAAGCCCAUCAUGCUUGCUGGUGGUGUCGGAACUGUCAGGCCCCAGCAUGCCAUCAAGAAACCCGAGGUUGUGAAGCCGGGUGCUUUCCUCGUCGUCCUGGGUGGACCUGCCAUGCUUAUCGGCCUGGGUGGUGGUGCAGCCUCCAGUAUUGCCUCCGGCGAAGGUUCUGCCGACUUGGAUUUUGCCAGUGUGCAGAGAGGUAACGCUGAAGUCCAACGGAGAGCGCAGGAAGUGAUCAACGCUUGUACUGCUAUGGGCGAUAACAACCCCAUAAAGUUCAUCCAUGAUGUAGGUGCUGGUGGGCUCUCUAAUGCCCUCCCUGAGCUUAUCCAUGACUCUGGCUUGGGUGCCACUUUUGAACUUCGUGAGAUUGACUGUACCGACAAGAGCAUGAGCCCCAUGCAGAUCUGGUGCUGCGAAGCUCAGGAGAGAUACGUCAUGGCUAUUGGCGAGGAAUCCAUGAAUAAGUUCACUGCGAUUGCCAACCGUGAGCGCUGUGGCUUCUCUGUCGUUGGUCGUGGAGGUGGAACGUCCGAAGAGGAGAAGAGGCUCAUUCUCCUGGAUAGAGAGUCGACUGAGUACCCCAAACCCAUCGACUUGCCCCUGUCCGUUCUGUUCGGAAAGCCUCCUAAGAUGACUAGAGUUGUCGAGUCCCGUAAACUGAACCUGCCUGCGGUCGAUGCAACUCUUACGAAGUAUCUACCUUCUCUUGCGCCCAACCACCUCGAGCUCAUCGGGGAGGCUGCCAAGAGAGUCCUUUCUCUUCCUGCAGUUGGAUCCAAGUCUUUCCUGAUCACGAUCGGCGAUAGAACUGUUGGUGGUCUCACUGCCCGUGAUCAGAUGGUCGGUAGGUGGCAAACUCCAGUCUCUGACGUCGCUGUUACUGCGACGGCUUUGCUCCAGGGUGUGAAGACCGGUGAGGCCAUGGCCAUGGGUGAGAAACCAAGCCUUGCCUUGAUCUCCCCCACUGCAUCGGCACGUAUGGCCGUUGCGGAGUCACUCAUGAACAUUGCCGCUGCUGAUCUGGUUGACCGUCUGAGUCACGUGAAACUCUCUGCCAAUUGGAUGUCGGCUAGCAGCCACCCAGGAGAAGGUGCCGCUAUCUAUGAGGCUGUGGAAGCCAUCGGAAUGGACCUUUGCCCUAAGCUUGGUAUCAGCAUUCCUGUGGGAAAGGAUUCCAUGUCGAUGAAGAUGAAGUGGACCGAUGAAGCUUCCAAGGAGACGAAGGAGGUUACUGCCCCUAUGUCCCUUGUCGUCUCUGCAUUUGCACCCGUUGGCAACUACCGCAAGACCUGGACUCCCGCUCUGCGCCGCCCUGAGGACGUUGGUGACACCGUACUUAUGUUCGUCGAUCUCUCUUUCGGGCGGAAGACUCUGGGAGGGUCUGCUCUUGCUCAAGUCUUCAGCCAAGUUGGUGACGAGUGUCCCGAUGUCCGCGAUAUUGAAAUCUUCAAGGACUUCUUCGACGCUACCCAACAGUUGCAGGAUGCGGGCAUUGUCUUAGCCUACCAUGAUAGAUCCGAUGGUGGUCUGUUCACGACCCUUGCAGAGAUGAUGUUUGCUGGCCGUUGCGGUGUCGAAGUGAUGCUCGACAACAUCUGCCCUAGCUCUGGCACAAAGGAUGUUGUGGAGACUCUGUUCACGGAAGAGCUUGGAGCUGUGUUCCAAGUCCGCAAAGAACAUGAGAUCCAGUUCCGCUCUUGCUUUGCCACUUGCGGGCCUCCAGCUGGCUUGAUCCAUAAGAUUGGACGAGUUUCCGAGAGGCCCAAGCAGAACCUUGCCAUAUAUCACGGACACACCUUGGUGUAUCGCAACAGCCGUGCAAGCCUCCAGCAGACUUGGACCAGCACUUCUCAUCACAUGCAAAAGAUGCGUGACAACGCUGCAUGUGCUGACCAGGAAUUUGCCAAUAUCCUUGACGAUGCCGACCCGGGUCUGUCAUGGAACCCCACCUUUGAUCCCAAGGAGAAGGCCAUUCCUAUGCUCACCAGCCUGACCUCGAUGUCUCCCUUCAGCAACAAGCCUCGCGUGGCUAUUCUACGUGAACAGGGUGUGAACAGUCAGGCGGAAAUGGCUUUUGCCUUCAACAUGGCCGGCUUCUCCGCCGUUGAUGUUCACAUGACCGACAUUAUCUCCGGGCGUGUGUCCCUCGCCAGCUUUGUCGGUCUCGCUGCUUGCGGUGGCUUCUCAUAUGGCGACGUUCUUGGUGCCGGUCAAGGCUGGGCCAAAUCUGUUCUCCUGCACGAGAACACCCGCGACGAGUUCCAGAGCUUCUUCCAGCGCCCUGACACCUUCGCUCUUGGUGUCUGCAACGGCUGCCAGUUCCUGUCUCGUCUGAAGGAUUUGAUCCCUGGAGCCCAGAGCUGGCCCAGCUUCGAGCGCAACGCCAGUGAACAGUACGAGGGUCGUGUAUGUAUGGUCCGUAUCUCGGACCCUAAUCCCUCAAGACCCAGCGUCUUCUUCCACGGCAUGGAUGGCACAUCACUCCCUAUCGCCGUCGCUCACGGUGAGGGCCGCGCCUCCUUCUCCCGGUCAUCCGGCGUCACCGCCCAGUCCUUCGUUCAAGAAGGACUUGCUCCCGUCCAGUACGUUGACAACGCCGCCCUCAAGCCGACCAUAAAAUACCCCUUCAACCCCAACGGCAGUCCCGAGGGUAUUGCCGGUGUUCGUAACGCCGACGGCCGUGUCCUGGCCAUCAUGCCUCAUCCUGAGCGAACUAUCAUGAAUGGCAUUGCCAGCUGGCUGCCCGCCAAAGCUCAGGAAUGGGGAGACAUCGGUCCUUGGGGCCGUGUCUUCUACAGUGCCAGAAGAUGGGUUGGUUAAAUGUUUGACCGAGUCUUAUUAUUAUGCCUUUGUAUUUGGGUAAAUGAAAUUGGACUGUAUAUGCUUGGUCUUAUUGUCUGUAUAUGAAAUGGGGAGGACAAAAAAAAGCAGAUCUCAUACCGAAAACUAACGUAGCAUUUUGCUGUUGUUUCUCUCUGUAUUUCCCUGGUUUGGGGAUGCUCCAGGAUGAAUUUUGAUACGAUGACAUGUUCAGAAA